AGAAUACAAGUCAUGUGAUUUGAAAUGAUCAUGUGAUGUCAAUCAUUGAAAAGAAAAUAAAGACUUUGAAUAAUGCUCCUAGUAACACUUCUAUUAGCAACGUGCUUCUCUAUUCUGUACGGAAGUAAGUCGGUUUUCGUUUGCUAUUACCCUGGAGGUGCCGAUAGAGCAACAGAGAACCGCCUCCCUAUCUCAGAAAUACCACCAAAUUUAUGCUCCCAUUUAAUAUUUGCGUUCUCUCAUCUUGAAGACUUGCAAUUAAAACCCCAAGUUAAAGAAGAUGUACAGUUAUACUCAAAAUUUACUGCUUUAAGAUUAAGGAAUCCAAAUUUGGAGACAUUGCUUUCAGUUGGAGGUGGCGGUUAUGGUUCAGCUGAAUUCCUAAAAAUAGUUGCUUCUCCGAAAAACACUUCCAUCUUUAUUAAUAAUGCUGUUAGAUGCCUGCGUAAGUACAAUUUUACCGGCCUAGAUAUUGAUUGGGAAUUUCCAAUGGAACAUAAAGAAGAAUAUAGUAUCUUAUUAGAGAGGAUUAGAGAGCGUUUCGAUAAGGAAAAACUAUUAUUAACAGCUGCUUUAGGUAUUACUCCUGGUAUCGUGCAAACAGGUUAUGACGUAAGAAGAAUUUCUAAGAGUCUUCAUUUAAUGAACUUAAUGUCAUAUGAUCUAAAUCCUACCAAUAUGACUUGGGGUCAGAGUCCUCUGCAUAGAGUGCAACACGGUGACGCUUUUUAUCAGAAAAAUUUAAACUUUGAUUGGCUGUACGAUUACUGGGUGAAACAAGGAGCUAUACCAUCUAAACUUGUAGUUGGCCUACCUGUCUAUGGUAAAGAGUAUGUUUUGAAAGAUAGAAAUUUAGAUUUACCAGGCUCGCCUGUUCAAGGCCCGCCAAAAUCGGUGAAUUAUUACAGUAUAUGCCGCACUUUAAAAAAUAAUUGGAACUACUGGAGGUGGGAAAAUCAACAAUUUUACCCUUUCGUUGUUAGAGGCAACAAAUGGAUAAGUUAUGAUGAUAAAAGUAGCAUAAGAGCCAAGACAUUUUGGGCCGUUAAAAAACGUUACGCUGGGGUAAUGAUAUGGCAAAUGCAGGGUGAUGACGUCACCGGUAAUUGUUUCAGUGGGUUAAAGUUUCCUAUUUUGAGAGCUAUUAAGGAUAUUUUAUUAAAUGAAAUCUAUUAACUCAGUUAUCGACUAUCUUCACUUGAUUGAUUAACAACAAAUAUAUAUAGAAAAUGAAUUUUUUAUGAACUCUAUAAUGAAUCCGAAAUGUUUUCCUUUUUAGGUAGAAUUAAUGAAUUUAUUUGACGCCUUGUCAGUUUCCUACAAUUCUUCAA